CCAAGAACAACAACAACAACAACCAGCAGAACCAGUGCGGUAACGGCCAGUCCCUCUACUGCUGCACCUCCGCUGGCAACAAGGCCGAUGUUGAGUGUGUUUCCUUCACCAACGGUGGCCUUGGAGGUGUUUGCAACGGUAUCCAGAUGUGCUGCAACAACAACAACGGCAACCAGGGCUGCAACUUCAACGUUGGCGGUGGCACCAUCACCAUCAAGAAGACUGUCAAGAACUUCGGCUGGUAA